AUGUCACAUGCAUCACCGAUGCAUCCAGCGUGUCUUGUCACACCGUCGAAACAUGCGGCGACUUCGUCGCGCUCUCCCUUUCAACGGUAUGCAAGCGACUCGGCCCUGGACCACACGCACUUGGUCCAUGAUGCGAUGCAGUCCUGGAGCGCCCACAUCGAAACGGUCAUGGAAGAGACACCCCUCAUCUCGCUACGCACAAGCCACACACGCGAGCGCAAACACACACACACGCUCCUGCUGCUGUAUUCGGCGAUCUUUCUUCUCGCCCUCGCUGCGUCCCUCGACUCCAUGUCCUUCAACCUGUACCUAAACUAUGCGUGCAGCGAGUUUCAGGCCCUCUCAAGCGUCGGCACUGUUAUGAUUGCUCAGCAGCUUGUGCGGGCGAUCUCCAAGCCGCCGCUCGCUCGACUGGCCGAUGCUGUCGGCCGCAUAUCGACGCUAGUGUCAUGCAUCGCGAUGUAUGCGGGCGGGUGUGCAGUGAUGGCCGCUGCAUCCUCGCUCCGCGCGUUCAUUCUCGGCACCAUGAUCCACUCUCUGGGUGCGACGGGUGUCGGUGUUUUGCACGCGAUCAUCAUGGCCGACACGUCAUCUGCGCAGUGGCGCGGCUUCCUUAUUGGGCUUGUGAACCUGCCGUACGUGCUCAACUUUGCCUUGGUCGGCCCGCUGGUCGAUACGACGCUACGCACCGGCGGCUGGCGCUUGGGCCUGGCUAUGUGGGUCGUGGUCGUGCCGAUCGCGGCGCUGCCCCUGUUAAGUCUCUUGGUCCUCGGUAGCCGGCGUGCCUCUCGGCGUGUCCCGCGCCGCUGGCUGCCGCAGCGAGCCGCGAGCCGCGUCGUGCGUGAGAUGGAUCUACUCGGCAUGCUGCUUUUAUCGUGUGGCUUGACGCUCCUGCUCCUGCCGGUCUCCCUCGAAGGACCUCGAGCCAUCUUUGACGCGGCUCAUGCCCACCGAGUGGAUGUGCCGACGGGUGCGGCUUUCCUCGUCGCUUUCGGCGUGUGGGAGACCUGGACGACGUCCCCGCUCUUUCCACGCUCCAUGCUCACGAACGUUUGUGUAAGUGCGACGUGUCUGAUUGCCGCGCUCGACUUUGCGGGGUUUUAUCUCUCCUGGACGUACUUGUCGCCGUUCGUUCAGAUCCUCAAGAACUGGGACCAGGGCCUUACUGCGUACUUUGUGACGACGCAGAAUGUCACGUCGACGAUCGCUGGCAUGGUCGUUGGUAGUUGCAUGGCCUACACCCGGCGCCUCAAGCGCUACCUGCUCUUUGGCUUCAUCAUCCGCCUGCUAGGCGUCCUCCUCAUGGUCCACUACCGGUCCGUGGGCCACUCGGCCCUGGCGUUGCUGACGUGCCAAGUCCUGCAAGGCAUCGGCGGCGGCGCCCUCGCUCUAACGACGCAGGUGGCCGUGCAAGUGGCUGUCGAGCCGUCGAAGAUCGCAGCUGUCAUUGCCUUUGAGCUGCUUACGACCGACUUGGGGGCUGCGCUUGGCUCGACUCUGGCCAGUGCCGUCGUCCAAUCGGUGCUACCGCCGGCUCUAGCCUCGCGCCUGCCGGAGCUGUCGGCGCCGGAGCUCGAGCACAUCCAGGGCAGCCUCGAGGCCGUGCUGUCUCAUCCGCCCGGCACGCCCAUGCGCACGGAGAUCACGGCCGCUUGGGUCCAUGUGAUGAAGUGGCUCUGUGUCUUGUCGGUGGUGACCCAGCUCCCUGCUUUGGGACUUUCAUUCUUCAUCCCCGAUAUGAAUCUGCACGAGCCCAAGCCGAUCCCACCAGCGUCUCCUGCACCCAUGGUGCCAGCUGCACCAGCCUCAAGCUUGCCAGUGCGGAUAGCAGGUGCAGGAGCUAUGGAUGCGGCGCUGCCUGCAUCGUGCGCUACGUCUGCGCCACCUGCGCCCUCUUGCCUGCAAGAGUCUACGAUUCCUAUUCGUUCCUCGCUGCCUCCGUGGCACGCUGCGAAUGAUGAGAAUGCGCCUGGCGCCAUGCCUCGCUCAUGA